AGAAAAAUUCGGACUGAGCUUCCUUCUUCCACAGUGUCUGAAAGUAAAGAGACCAUCUCCGAUGCUCGGAGGAUCAGGACGUCCGUCUGCGACGCCGUAGCUCUCGCCGUUAAUGGCCGUUCCCGGACUGAUACAUUCAUUAACAUGUACAACUACAAGCUAGCAUGCUUUACUCUGGCAUACACCAUGUCGGCGCAGAGCUCUAUCCCUCACAGCCUCAGAGGCGCGGGAAGCUCAUUGCGGAGGUUCCUUUUCCUGCUCCCGUGCUCCGAUGGGAGAUUCUCUGUCGCAAAGCGAUGCUUUUCGAGUUACGCGGUGGAGCAGUUCUCUGACGACGAGUACGAGUGCGACUUCGAUGGGCAUAAGGCGUCGUCGUCUGUGGCCAACAUCGAUGAGUGGAAGUGGAAACUCAGUCUGCUUUUACGCAAUGAAAAGGACCAAGAGAUUGUGUCUCGAGAUAAAAGGGAUAGAAGGGAUUAUGAGCAAAUUUCUAACCUUGCAAAAGGAAUGGGGCUUUACAGUGAGAUAUAUGGGAAAGUGGUGGUUGCUAGUAAGCUUCCUCUCCCAAAUUACAGGCCAGAUCUUGAUGAUAAACGGCCUCAAAGGGAGGUUGUUGUCCCUUUGAGUUUGCAAAGAAGGGUAGAAGGUUUACUCCAGGAACAUCUUGAUAGAAUUCAUUUAGCUGCUGGGAAAGAGGGUGAGAGUCCAGAUGCCGUGAAGCCCAUUGAUCCAGCUGAAGAUGGCAAUUUAGAUGAAAAUCUGAAUUCUUUCCUAGAUGGCUCUGUCAUGGAAAAAGUUCUUCAAAGGAGGAGCUUGCGAAUGCGUAAUAUGCAAAGAACUUGGCAGGAAUCACCAGAAGGCAGGAAAAUGAUGGAGUUUCGGAAGUCUCUACCCGCAUUCAAGGAGAAGGAUCGGUUAUUACAAGCAAUAGCAAGAAACCAGGUGGUUGUAAUAUCUGGGGAGACUGGAUGUGGUAAGACCACCCAGCUGCCGCAGUAUGUAUUAGAGUCAGAAGUGGAAUCUGGCCGAGGAGCAUUCUGCAGCAUAAUUUGUACUCAGCCUCGGAGAAUAUCUGCUAUGGCAGUUUCAGAAAGAGUGUCUGUAGAGAGAGGCGAGCCUCUUGGCGAAACGGUUGGAUAUAAAGUUCGGCUUGAGGGAAUGAAGGGGAAGAAUACUCACCUGCUCUUUUGUACCAGUGGUAUCCUCCUGCGGCGAUUAUUAAGUGACAGGAACUUGACUGGUAUAACCCAUGUAUUUGUUGAUGAGAUUCAUGAGCGAGGCAUGAACGAAGACUUCCUAUUGAUUGUCUUGAAGGAUCUUCUUCCACGUCGUCGGGAUUUGAGAUUAAUUUUGAUGAGUGCUACACUGAAUGCUGAACUCUUCUCCAACUAUUUUGGAGGAGCACCAACUAUUCACAUCCCGGGAUUCACUUAUCCUGUAAGAGCUCACUUCUUGGAAGAUGUACUGGAAAUUACUGGGUACAAGUUAACUUCUUUCAACCAAAUUGAUGAUUAUGGUCAAGAGAAGCUAUGGAAAACGCAGAAGCAGCUAGCUCCAAGGAAGAAGAAAAACCAGAUCACUGCUCUUGUAGAGGAUGCUCUGAGUAAAUCAAGCUUCGAGAAGUAUGAUUCUCGGGUCCGUGAUUCUUUAUCAUGCUGGAAUCCUGACUGCAUAGGAUUUAACCUUAUUGAAGCAGUGUUGUGCCAUAUAUGUCGGAAAGAAAGACCUGGUGCUGUGUUGGUUUUCAUGACUGGUUGGGAGGAUAUUAGCUGCCUGAGAGACCAACUUAAAUCUCAUCCGCUCUUAGGGGAUCCUAAUAGGGUCUUUCUUUUAACUUGUCAUGGUUCAAUGGCGACAUCUGAACAGAGACAAAUAUUUGAUAGACCGCCUCCUAAUGUGCGUAAAAUAGUCCUUGCAACAAACAUGGCAGAGGCGAGUAUUACAAUCAAUGACAUAGUGUUUGUAGUUGACUGCGGAAAAGCAAAAGAGACAACCUAUGAUGCAUUGAAUAAUACACCUUGUCUUCUGCCUUCUUGGGUAUCAAAAGCAUCUGCUAGACAGAGAAAGGGUAGGGCUGGUCGUGUACAGCCAGGAGAAUGCUACCAUCUAUACCCAAGAUGUGUUUAUGAAGCUUUUGCUGAAUACCAGCUUCCAGAACUUCUGAGAACUCCUUUGAACUCCCUUUGCUUGCAAAUAAAGAGUCUGCAGGUUGCAAGCAUAGGGGAAUUCCUUUCAGCUGCACUGCAGCCACCAGAAACCCUUGCUGUCCAAAAUGCAGUUGAGUUUUUGAAAAUGAUUGGAGCCUUGGAUGCGAGGGAAAAUCUCACAAAUCUUGGAAAGUUCUUGUCAGUGCUGCCUGUGGAUCCAAAGCUGGGGAAGAUGCUAAUUAUGGGUGCCAUUUUUCGUUGCUUCGAUCCUAUUCUGACAAUUGUAUCAGCACUUAGUGUGAGAGAUCCUUUCCUCUUGCCUCAAGAUAAAAAGGAUUUGGCAGGGACAGCGAAGUCUAGAUUCUCGGCAAAGGACUACAGUGAUCAUAUGGCCCUUGUCCGUGCAUAUGAAGGAUGGAAAGACGCAGAGAGAGAAGGCUCAGCAUACGAGUACUGUUGGAGGAAUUUCCUCUCUCCUCAGACCCUGCAAGCUAUCCAUUCUCUCAGGAAGCAGUUCAGCUUCAUCCUAAAGGAUGCGGGCCUAGUAGAUGCGGAGACAAGCACUAAUAACAGAUUAAGUCAUAAUCAGUCACUUGUGCGUGCAAUCAUAUGUUCAGGCCUCUUUCCUGGAAUCUCCUCUGUUGUGCACAGAGAGACAUCAAUGACGUUCAAGACCAUGGAUGAUGGUCCUGUUCUACUUUACGCGAAUUCUGUGAAUGCACACUACCAGACAAUCCCUUUUCCAUGGCUGGUGUUUGGAGAGAAAAUGAAAGUCAACACCGUCUUUCUACGUGAUUCAACUGGUGUUUCUGACUCAAUAUUGAUUCUGUUCGGUGGUGCUAUAAACGUGGGAGUAGAGACGGGACAUCUCAAAAUGUUAGAUGGGUACAUUGAUUUUUUCAUGGAUCCUAAUCUGGCGGAGUGCUACUUAAAGCUGAAGGAGGAACUCAAUAAGGUUAUUCAGAAAAAGCUGCACGAUCCCAGCAUCGACAUUCACAAGGAAGGGAAGUAUCUAAUGCUUGCAGUACAGGAGCUGGUAUCGGGAGACCAGUGCGAGGGCAGGUUUGUAUUUGGCCGCGAAAGCAAGAGGCCUAGGGAUUCCGCCGACAGCGACAAGUUCACGAGGGAUGGGACGAACCCCAAGAGCCUCCUGCAGACUCUGCUGAUGAGGGCGGGGCAUUCUCCUCCCAGGUACAAGACCAAGCACCUCAAAUCAAAUGAGUUCCGAGCGCUGGUGGAGUUCAAGGGGAUGCAGUUCGUGGGGAAGCCCAAGAAGAACAAGCAGCUUGCUGAGAGGGAUGCGGCCAUAGAAGCACUAGCGUGGUUGACUCAUACAUCCGACAACAGCAAUGCCCAAGAUGAGGAUCAUGAUUCACGGCUCGACGUCACAGACAACAUGCUCAAACUUCUCGGUAAGCGAAGGAGAUCCAAACGGAAUCCCCGUUGAUCCUCAGUGCUUUUUUUUUUUUUGGUGCGCUUCCCUCUUUGGGCAGAUCCAUUUUUUCCUUGAUAGCCAUGCAUUCAUUAGAUAUUAGGAUAGGAUUGGUAGCUGCGGAUUGGUCUUAUUGCGUGUGCGGUAGAUGUUUCAUGUUGUAUAUUUAGUAAGGCAAAAAAUAUAUACGCAAGCUCAUUGGUUAGUAGGAUUCUCAUCUGUAAAUGUAAUCAGGUAGACAGUUUGGGACAGGGUUGCCCAAACCUUUAUUGCUGGAGAAAAGCAGCUUUUAAUUUAAGCCUAAUAAUUUUUCAUACUUUUGAUUA